UCCCUUUUGAUACACCCAUUUCUCUCACUCUCUCAAAACCACAAACUACUUCCUCCUCCUUCCUCCUUCCCCUCCCCUCCCCUCAAACCAUGCUUCAUCACCGGCACCGGCAAGGGCUCGCCGGCAAUCCGCUUCAUAGCAAUCAUGAGAGUAAAGAAGAUGCAGAUUUCCAUUUCUGGGGUGCACCGAAUAAUACCUUAAGUGGAAGCUUUGGAGCUUACUCACCAACCUUAUGGAAAGAAAAGGCCUCAGAAAAUGAUAAUCAUGAUGAAGAUUGUUAUGAAUCUUCUCCUUUGCUCCCCAACAGCCAUCAAUCUUCCACCAAUCUUUCAAGCGAAAGGGCAAUUGCAGAAGGCAGGAGGCAGAUUAUGGAAAUGAUUCAAGACAUGCCUGAGUCUUGUUAUGAACUUUCUCUAAGAGAUAUUGUGGAUGAGCCGCAUGUCGAAGAGGCUGGCUUUCGCUCCGAAACUGAACCUCAAAUCAAGAAGAAGAAGAAGAAGAUUAAGGCGCGUCAGAUGUCGAGGAUUUCAAGCAUGGAGAGUGAAACUUUCCUGCUCAAGAUGUUCUUUCCAUCGUCUCUAUCUUUUAAGAAGAAAUCAAAGGCAGCAGGAAACUGCUCUAAUGUUUCUCCAAGGCCAUCUCCAGAGGGUACCGAGCAUAGUAUCAAUAAGGAAUGGUGGAUGAUCAGGUUUUUUCUUGCAGGAGAGAAUAAAAGAAGCAGAGGGAGUAGCAGGAACAGCAGCACAAGCAGCCACGAGGAGGCCAAUUUCAUACCUGGUUGCUGGUCCUUCUUCCACAGCAAGAAGAACAAAACCAAGAGACAGAGAGGAUGCAUAGUGGGAGUGGAAAGCAAUUGAAAAUUGCUGCUGCAAAAUUUGGUGGGAGCAGGAAUGGGCCCAGCUAUGAAUAUGGUGGCCAACGAAAUUUGAGGGUCCAAAAUGAACAUUUAGUCUGAGUCAUGGCCAGAUUUUCUGGGCCUUUUGGCUGUUAGCUGUUAUAUAUAUAAUCAAAAUAUCCAGCGGAAGGUGAUAAACAUAGAUUGCGUUGCAGUAUUCAUGGAGCUUACAAUUUUAGUCUCAAUCAUGACUACCAAAGCGUAUUGGCUAUUUAUAUAAUUAAGAUAUUCCAGGUUCAA